AUGCUCGCAAAUCAAUGGGUUCUUCUACUCAUUGUGCUGGCUUUCUAUGGUCUGGCAGGUGCACAGGAUGCGAAUCCAGAAGUGACGACUGAAGCAGCACCGGUUGAAGCAACAACGCCGACGUCACAGGAACAACUUUACGAAGAGGUGAAGAAGUCAUUUAUUCCGAAGUUGAACAAGUAUCGGCGAGAAGUUGCAAAGAGGUUGAAUUGGACGAAUAUGAAUGAAUUGGUAUACGGGGAAGUCGAAGGAUAUCACGACUCUCUUUAUUCAUAUAAUCUUACACUUGAUGGCCUACUGACUGAAAUAAUUGAAGAGUCUGAAGAAGAAAUGCAGAAAGCGUUGAAUGAGAAAAAAACGCUUUGCCAAGAUAAGGAUGGUGUUAAUGGAUUUUGUCCCGACCAUAUCAAUCCCGAACCAAAAGCCGUUAGCUGUGAUUAUGUAUGCUAUGGAUAUUGCACAAAAUAUGAUUUAACAUGCUAUUUGACUCCGACAAGCAACACGGCCUGGUGGAAGAACCAAACAAUCGGAGAACCAGGAUCCGCCUGCGACCCAGACCGGUACAAUAUUGAUGGUCUCUGCUCUUUGAAUCCUCCAACCACUACCACAACUACUACAGUGAAACCGCCUCCAGCUACCCCGAAGCCAGCCAAGGAGAAGGAUCCGAAAAAGGCGGAUGGAUCCUCGGAUGAUGGAGAUGGUGGAGAUCUAAAAUCUAAGGAAUCUGGAAAUGCUGACUCGUCUUGUGCCACAUUCCCCAAUCUCGUCGCCAUUUGCAUUGUGUCCAUUGUCACUUACUCGGGAACUCUUUUGUAUUGAAUAGAAUGGAAUGAAGGAUUU